CAAUUGGAUUUGUAGAAAAACCAAGAAUGCAAAAUCUAUACCGUCGGCUUUGUAGCCUUAAAAAUAUGUAUAUUGUUCUGCAGUUUUUCUUAUCUAUCUAAAACCACAUAAAUUCAUUUUAAGAUGCACAGCUUUUAUUUUAUUUCAUCGUAAUGAGCACAGUAUUUCUGCGUGAUCAGUCUCCGUUUCUGAUUAGCAAGGCGAUAAAGAAGGCGAUUGGGUAAACAAUAAUGGACAAACACUAAUUAAUUUUACUGGGGGUCAAAAAAAAAAUUGCACUAUUAAUAUUUCGGUAGCUCUGCUGUGCCUUAGUGGAAGAUCGCGAUAAGAAAUGGCGAAACAAUUGCACUGUAUUUCUAGGGUCCAGUAAAUCAGUCUUCGAUCAGCCUCUAUCAGCAGCGCAAUGUCUAUAGUUUUUUGGAUUUGCUUUUACGUUUCCCUUUUCUCGGUCCUGGCCGUACGUUUUCCGAAUCAUAACUGUGAUAAUUAUUUUACAUAUGACGUCAUGAACGGGGGUAAAACAUACAUAGGUAUUUUUACGCCAAACAACACCGGAAUGAUUGCAUUUUUCUGGAAGGCAAUUUUCUCGUCUCGAGGCGCCUAUAUGGAUCAAGUCGAUUUUCUCAAUCCAUACCCCUCUAAUGAGGAGUGGGCCGUCAAUGUCAGAAGUGGAAAGCCUGCAAAGAUGUUCGUGAAGUUUAUAGAUAUUGAAGACGAGCUGCCCAUGCUGACUAGUUUGAUACUUAAUGAUGUAACACUGUGCGUCAACCCGACAUACUCACCACCCUCGACUACAGUUAUUUUAUCCCGAAAUGAAAGUUUCUUUAGAAUUUCUAGUUUGUAUAAUAAUGUUGGUAAAACACUGUAUACAAAAAUUAGUGACAGAAACUACUUCGCUAAUUUGACUAAAAAAUUGAGCCAAAUUACAAGACCCUCGGGAGUAGAAUUUAAGCCUCGUUACUAAGAAAC